AUGGUGGCCCAUCACGUGCAGUAUGGUCAGUGAUGGGCUGCAGCCUAAAGCCUAAGCUGCUGCCCCAUGCAGCCAGGAUCCUCUGCCAAUAGCAGCCCCAGAUGUGCAGGUCCAGCUGGCUACACUGAGGGAAGAUGAGGCUUGCCCUGUAUGGAUCUGGAUCUUGACCCCUAUAGCCUGUCAUGGCAUAGGUCACAUAGGCCACAGGGGACUUAAAGGUGGGAUGUAUUUUGUCCUUGUUCGAUUGUGAUCCUACCACUUGUAAUUGGGAGACCUUUGAGGUUGAGGAGGAGCGUGGGCUGGAGGAGAGUGCACAAACACACACACAAACACGUAGGCUGAACACACACACAAAUGUACACACACACACCACAUCUUGUUUACCCAGAGCAGUUCCUCCUGUAUAACUAUUCCUAAAAUUCAAGUCAGUUGGGAACAGGUUUUUUAUGCCCCAAUACCUUGGCAUCGGGUCUAUGAACUGACAUAUAAAACAACACUUGACACAUGAAUAUGUUUGUUUCAAUUUAAGCUAUUAUAUAAAAUACUUGCUACAAAAAGAAUGCUCAAUACACUGAGUAUACAAAACAUUAAGAACAUGACAUAGACUGACCAGGUGAAUCCAGGUGAAAGCUAUGAUCCCUUAUUGAUGUAAUUUGUUAAAUCCACUUCAAUCAGCGUAGAUGAAGGGUAGGAGACAGGUUAAAGAAGGAUUUUUAAGUCUUGACACAAUUGAGACAUGGAUUGUGUAUGAGUGCCAUUCAGCAGGUAAAUGGACAAGACAAAACAUGUCAGUGCCUUUGAACGGGGUAUGGUAGUAGGUGCCAGGCGCACCAGUUUGUGUCAAAAACUGCAAUGCUGCUGGGUUUUUCAUGCUCAACAGUUUCCCACGUGUACCAAGAAUGGGGGGGUGCAACUAAAUUUUAGGAAGGUGUUCGUAAUGUUUGGUAUACAUUUACAUGUUCGUCAUUUAGCAGACGCUCUUAUCCAGAGUGACUUGCAAAUUGGUGCAUUCACCUUAUGAUAGCCAGUGGGACAACCACUUUACAAUAUUUUUUUUAUUUGUAUUUAUUUUUUGAGGGUGGGGUAAGGGGGGAUAGAAGGAUUACUUUAUCCUAUCCCAGGUAUUCCUUAAAGAGGUGGGGUUUCAAGUGUCUCCGGAAGGUGGUGAGUGACUCCGCUGUCCUGGCGUCGUGAGGGAGCUUGUUCCACCAUUGGGGUGCCAGAGCAGCGAACAGUUUUGACUGGGCUGAGCGGGAACUGUGCUUCCGCAGAGGUAGAGGGGGCCAGCAGGCCAGAGGUGGAUGAACGCAAUGCCCUCGUUUGGGUGUAGGGACUGAUCAGAGCCUGAAGGUACGGAGGUGCCCUUCCCCUCACAGCUCCGUAGGCAAGCACCAUGGUCUUGUAGCAGAUGCGAGCUUCAACUGGAAGCCAGUGGAGUGUGCGGAGGAGCGGGGUGACGUGAGAAAACUUGGGAAGGUUGAACACCAGACGGGCUGCGGCGUUCUGGAUGAGUUGUAGGGGAUUUAAUGGCACAGGCAGGGAGCCCAGCCAACAGCGAGUUGCAGUAAUCCAGACGGGAGAUGACAAGUGCCUGGAUUAGGACCUGUGCCGCUUCCUGUGUAAGGCAGGGUCGUACUCUGCGAACGUUGUAGAGCAUGAACCUACAGGAUCGGGUCACCGCCUUGAUGUUAGCGGAGAACGACAGGGUGUUGUCCAGGGUCACGCCAAGGCUCUUUGCACUCUGGGAGGAGGACACAACGGAGUUGUCAACCGUGAUGGCUAGAUCAUGGAACGGGCAGUCCUUCCCCGGGAGGAAGAGCAGCUCCAUCUUGCUGAGGUUCAGCUUGAGGUGGUGAUCCGUCAUCCACACUGAUAUGUCUGCCAGACAUGAAGAGAUGCGAUUCGCCACCUGGUUAUCAGAAGGGGGAAAGGAGAAGAUUAAUUGUGUGUCAUCUGCGUAGCAAUGAUAGGAGAGGCCAUGUGAGGAUAUGACCGAGCCAAGUGACUUGGUGUAAAGCGAGAAUAAGAGAGGGCCUAGAACUGAGCCCUGGGGGACACCAGUGGUGAGAGCAUGUGGUGCGGAGACAGAUUCUCGCCACGCCACCUGGUUGGAGUGACAUGUCAGGUAGGACGCAAUCCAAGAGUGAGCCGCGCCGGAGAUGCCCAACUCGGAGAGGGUGGAGAGGAGGAUCUGAUGGUUCACAGUAUCAAAGGCUGCAGAUAGGUCUAGAAGGACGAGAGCAGAGGAGAGAGAGUUAGCUUUAGCAGUGCGGAGAGCCUCCGUGACACAGAGAAGAGCAGUCUCAGUUGAAUGACCAGUCUUGAAACCUGACUGGUUUGGAUCAAGAAGGUCAUUCUGAGAGAGAUAGCAAGAGAGUUGGCUAAAGACGGCAUGCUCAAGAGUUUUGGAGAGAAAAUAAGAAGGGAUACUGGUCUGUAGUUGUUGACAUCGGAGGGAUCGAGUGUAGGUUUUUUGAGAAGGGGUGCAACUCUCCCUCUCUUGAAGACGGAAGGGACAUAGCCAGCGGUCAAGGAUGAGUUGAUGAGCGAGGUGAGGUAAGGGAGAAGGUCUCCGGAAAUGGUCUGGAGAAGAGAGGAGGGGAUAGGGUCAAGCGGGCAGGUUGUUGGGUGACCGGCCGUCACAAGUCGCAAGAUUUCAUCUGGAGAGAGAGGGGAGAAAGAAGUCAAAGCAUAGGGUAGGGCAUAUGGGGCAUUGAACAGUCAGCCUUGUGCAGACUUUGCUACAAGGAAACAAAAUCUGGUACUUUCCAUUGGUGGCUCGCUUUUGGAGUCAGGUCCAGGAAUGGUUGUUAUGUCAUAAUAUCAGGGUUCAGAUGGAACUGCAAACUGUAUUGUUAGGGGAUCUGAAAAACCAAGAUCAGUCAAUGGGAAAUAUCGUUAUACUCUUGGGUAAAGUAUUUAUUUUUUAUAUCGCUAGAAAUUUUAGGUUCAGGAACCCUCGUAAGACAUCAUAGUAAAAUGGAGGGAUGUAUUGCAAAAGGAAAUAGAAAAAUAGCAAUAUACUGGGAAAGAUGGGUUAAUCUGUGGACAUCGGAGGAUUGGAGUUAAAAUCAGAAUGAAUGAUGGAUUGGACGCUGUGGGUGAAAAUCCUGCACUUGAAGGAGGAAAUUAGGAAUAUAUGUAUAAUUAUUUAACAACAGGUACCAUAGAUGUGAGCGAAAUACCUGUAAGUAGCAGUAGAAGAAUUGUUGUCCGUUAGCUUACUCCAAUUAGUGUAGGGAUGGUAGGGUUGGGAUGUUAGGGUAGGGCAGAAAAAAUAUAUAUAGAAAUAACAUAAAUAAGGGGAAUUAGAAAUGAUGCAAACAAUUAAAAUGAUAGAACCUACUAAUCUGCAAUAUUAAAACCUCUUAAGCUGACAGUUCCCAAAUCUGCCACUAGAAUUACUUUUAGAAAUAUUGAUAUGUUUACAUUACUUAUUUUAUUGAUUUCCCACCGUUCUGUAAGUCAGAAGACAGAAAUCCAGACCUUCCUUGGACCAUGUAAAGGUCCUCUGUCGAAUAAACUUGUAUUUCCCCCCCUCUGGUGGUUGGCUGCAUCAUUACAUCGAUUUAUAUCACUUCACAUUGACAUCACGUCAAAGGGGCGGCCCUUAGAAAAACAUUUAUCCAGCUCGACUGCUUCAUGGCACAGACAUGGCAAAGCAAUCGCUGAAUUUGUCUCUAGCAGGUGGAUCGAAAUACAUACUUUCAUAGCUCUAUGAUAAAGAAUACGACCUACACACUUCCUUAAACCUAAAAUAAGUCAAGAAGUAAUUUUGUGUGGAAGUCCAAAGAAUGUUUUACGUCGGAGGCAGACACUGCAUAUGCUCAGAAUGACAAAAUCGAGCCCUUUACAUAGCCCUUCUUUAUAGGAGGGACGCACGCUGUUUAAAUUGCCCAUUUAAUGUUGAUUUAGAAGUUCACAAAUGUAACAGAUUUUGACUAUCACUAAUGUCAUGAUAUGUUUGGUAAAGUAAUAAAGAAUGUGAAAUAUUUUAGGUAGAUGUUCCUAAAACAGAUUAUAACUAUAUAUGGACAUAUUAUAAAGUCUGAAAAGGCUUAUUCAUUCAUUAAAAAAAAAAAUCAUAUCAUCAGAUUUGUAUGUUUAAUUAUACUUUUAUUGCAUACUACAUCAUAUGGGUUGAAAAGUGUUUUUUUCUCAUACAUAAAUAAACAAUUCAAGGGGAAAGCCAAAGGUCAUAGCUUUCUAGGGGGGGAAGCACUACUACAUUAAUAAAAUAUUGUCCUCUUGCUAGAUUGAUGACUACAUCCAAAGUGAAACAGUGCAAAACGUCUGUCAGCUCAACUUUCAAGCUGAUCUACUCAUAAAAGUAUUCUUGCUGCAGUCACUGCCAGUCCCAGAGGAAAUAAAACAUUCACUAACAUUAAGGCUACUCAGGCCAAACCAAGGAUGAAGUAUUUACAUUUUCCCUUUUAAUUCCAUAUGUUAUUGUCUCAGUAAGGAACUAAAAGCAAACCUUACUAAGCAGAUAGUAUGAUUUAGUGCUACCCCGGGUCCAUUUUGCUGAGGUUAGGACAAAGUUUUGUGGAAACACCAAGAGUAUCCCUCCCUUUUUAUUCCGAGAGAGGGAUUGGGCUAAGGCAGAGCUCUAAAUAUUUAAUCAUAGGAGAUAUGGAAGCAGUGAUGACUUCAAGAAAUGGGUCAUACAUAACUUCUUUAAAAUGUCUAAUGUACCAAGGUAUUUAUUUUAUUUUAUUUAACCUUUAUUUUAUCAGGUAGACAUACUGAGAACAACAUCUAUUUUAUAGAUCAUCCCUGAAUUACAUAAAUUACAGAAAAUACACACAUGAAAAUAGAAAUACAAAAUGCAAACUGAAAGAAAAACCCAGUCAAAAAAAACAAACACAAUCAUCAGUAAUAAGGUCCUCAAUCAGCUUUCUGAAUUGCCCUAGAGACCCAAAACAUCAAAUGUAAGAACAUUUUGAAGAUUGUUCCACAAAUAAGGUGCAAAUAAGGUGCACAAAAACUAAAAGAUGAUUUACCUAACUUAGUUGAGACAAAAGGAAUUUCCAGAGUGGCCAUCCCGGGUGUGGUAACUCGUAAGUCUAAAGUUCAGUAAAGAUGUUAGGUGCAGUGAGACCUUUUGUAAAAGGGCUUUAUAAAUGAAAACAUAGCACUGUAUCAACCUAAGUGACAUCAAAGAGAGAAUGCAGUGAUGAUUGCUCAAAUUGGCGCCCGUAAUAAAGCGCAGUGCACUAUGAUCAACUCCAUCUAACGGCUUUAAUGAAGUGGCAGCUUUGACUGAAUAAUCUACUUUCUAGUGAGAGGCAGGACCUAUUUCUAUAGAAGAAGCCCAUUUUUAUUCUCAGCUUCUUAACUAACUCAACAAUAUGCUUUUUAAAAGACAGCUUUUCAUCUAUACAGAUGUCCAGAUAUUUGUAAGCAGGGACACGAUCAAUAUGGACACCAUCUAAUGUACAUACAGUGCAUUCGGAAAGUAUUCAGACCCCUUCACUUUCUCCACAUUUUGUUACUCUGUACUUUGUUGUUGAAGCACUUUUGGCAGCGAUUACAGCCUCAAGUCUUCUUGGGUAUCACACUGCAAGCUUGGCACACCUGUAUUUGGGGAGUUUCUCCCAUUCUUCUCUGCAGAUCCUCUCAAGCUCUGUCAGGUUGGAUGGGGAGCGUGGCUGCACAGCUAUUUUCAGGUCUCUCCAGAGAUGUUAGAACGGGUUCAAGUCCGGGCUCUGGCUGGGCCACUCAAGGACAUUCAGAGAUUUGUCCUGAAGCCACUCCUAUGCUGUCUUGGCUGUGUGCUUAGGGUUGUUGUCCUGUUGGAAGGUGAACCUUCGCCCCAGUCUGAGGUCCUGAGUGCUCUGGAGCAGGUUUUCAUCAAGUAUCUCUCUGUACUUUGCUCUGUUCAUCUUUCCAUCGAUCCUGACUAGUCUCCCAGUCCCUGCCACUGAAAAACAUCCCCACAGCAUGAUGCUGCCACCAACAUGCUUCACCGUAGGGAUGGUAUUGGCCAGGUGAUGAGCGGUUUCCUCCAGACAUGACGCUUGGCAUUCAGGCCAAAGAGUUCAAUCUUGAUUUCAUCAGACCAGAGAAUCUUGUUUCUCAUGUUCUGAGAAUCCUUUAGGUGCCUUUUGGCAAACUCCAAGCGGGCUGUCAUGUGCCUUUUAUUGAGGAGUGGCUUCCGUCUGGCCACUCCACCAUAAAGGCCUGAUUGGUGGAGUGCUGCAGAGAUGGUUAUCCUUCUGGAAGGUUCUCCCAUCUCCACAUAGGAACUCUGGAGCUUUGUCAGAGUGACCAUCAGGUUCUUGGUCACCUCCCUGACCAAGGCCCUUCUCCCCCGAUUGCUCAGGUUUGCCGGGCGGCCAGCUCUAGGAAGAGUCUUGAUGGUUCCAAACUUCUUCCAUUUAAGAAGGAUGGAGGCCACUGUGUUCUUGGGGACCUUCAAUGUUGCAGAAAAUUUUUGGUACCCUUCCCCAGAUCUGUGCCUCGACACAAUCCUGUCUCUUUUUCUCUAACUUUUUCUCUAACCGCGAAGCAGCUGGUAGCCUCGCGGUUAGAGCGUUGGGCCAGUAACCGAAAGGUCGCUGAUUCAAAUACCCGAGCCGACAAGGUGAAUAAUCUGCUGAUGUGCCCUUGAGCAAGACACAUAACCUUAAUUUGUUCCAGGGGUGCCGUACAACUAUGGCUGACCCUGUAAAACAACACGUUUCACUGCACCUAUCCGGUGUAUGUGACAAUAAAACAUUUAUUUUUAUUUUACUAGACUAUGACUAAGCAGAAACAAAGUCUAGAUGCUGACUACACAACAUGUAGUUUGUCGGUAAUAGAUUUGAUCGAGGACACACUGCUUUGGAACUGCAUUGGAUUCCCAUACUAUGAUGGAUGCAUUGUUUGCAAAUCUUUCCGCCGAAACGUUGUUGCAGUUUUAUUUCACAACAUUUCUGACAGGUAAAUAGAGCGUCAAGUUCAAUUCCGGGACCGAAGCCCACACUCUGCAAACACACACACACACUCAGCAAACACACACACAAACUCAGCAAACACUGAAUCACUUAAAAGGCCACAGGGAAAUUAUUUUCCUCUUCUCCCCUUCUCUCUAUAUUUAUUUAUUUAUCUUUAUAUCUGAUUGAAAUAAAGUGUCAGCCGCACAUAGAGAGAAAGGGGAGGAGGAGAGAGGAUGACUUGUUAACUUGGACAGGGUUGCUAAAACAAAGUGGCCUUGAAUAAUUCAGGGGAACAGAGAUGUGCUACAGCAAGAGAAGAAAGAGUGAAGAAAGAGAGAGGGGAGUGUAUACUGUACUUUAGGUUAGGUUAACCUCUCUCUCUGUCAUAUUAAAUAAGCUGUGACACUCAUUCACAGACAACAGUACUCUAACAUGACAUGAACAUACAGUACAUAAUAGUAACAGGUAAAUACAUAUAGUAGAGGUACAGAAUACUGGAUGGAGAUAACUUAAAGGAAAGGUUCACCCAUUUUGAAUGUUAUGUUGUUUUUGUGCAUCUCUGAGUGAUGUUCUAUCAAUUCCCUGGGUCAUUUCAUGUUUUCAUGUGUAUGUGAGUUAUUGGCGUUCAAGCAGGCAGAAAUCCGUCCGGUAUGACGUAGCACCGUGAUAAGGUCGCUCUCACUACACUGGAAGUUAAUAGGAAUACGACUUUCAGAUUGCGAAAACGUCUAUCAUACAUGUCAGAUUUCAAUACUGGCCGAUGUCAUAACUCUGGAGGUAAUCUUCUCUCGAAUGAGCCAUUGAUCAUUACAUUUACGUCAUUUAGCAGAUGCUCUUAUCCAGAGCGACUUACAGUUAGUGAGUGCAUACAUUUUUCAUACUGGCCCCCCGUGGGAAACGAACCCACAACCCUGGCGUUGCAAGCGCCAUGCUCUACCAACUGAGCUACAGGGGACUAUCAUUUGUUUGCGUCCUACUUCGAGAAAUGUGUAAUUUAACGUCUGCCACAUUUUUCCUAUUGUCUAGUCCAAUUAAAAUGAAGGAAUUUAUAAUGCCUCACACAGCAGACUGUCGACCAAUUGCGUUCACGUUGUCAUGCUGCGUCACGCGGUUGGUAAGCUAAUUGUCACUCGAUCCCUUCUCAAAGUCAGUGCAUAUGUGCUCAAAAGUAGGUAAUGUCACGAUUCCAAAGCUAUACGAUACUACAGAUAGCAAGUGAAUUAUCUCACAUCUCGGAAAAGAUUUGUAAUGUUGUACUUCUUGUUUACAAAAUUCAUGCUAAUGUUGGGUUUUUGAGCUAGUGCCCAAUAGACUCCCAUUCACUCCUUGAUGGAGAGUGCUCCUUGUCCCAAAAUCGCACAGAAUGCACCAUGCUGCCUAUUGACUUAGCAUGGGCAACGUUUCCCAUCUCCUCAAAGUAUAUCUCCCGUUGUGAAUGUUAGACUCCACUCUGUGAGGCACAUCGAUCUGCAGGUUGAACAUGGUGAGAUUGUAGACUCCUAAAUUGAUAGUGCAGGUGAUUUUACAGCUAACUAGCUAUGUUAGAUGCUGAUAGUGUCUUCGGUAUUAUUGUGUGUAUCUACGUUUGCUAGCUAGCUAGCCAGCCAGCUCAUAGAGACAGCAUUGCAUUGUGGAUUUUGUAGUUGACUUGAGCUGCAACAGAUUUCCACAACGAUUUCCCAUGUUGCUAACAACCAUAUUAUAAUGCCAAAAUGAAACAUUUGUUCACAAAAAAUAUUGUUCUCACAUAUGUGUUAUUUAACACUGUAAAUUAAAGGAAUGAGUGGUUUGGGGUCCAAUGCAGCUGUUUUUAUCUCAAUAUCAAAUAAUUUCUGGGUAACAAUUAAGUACCUUACUGUGACUGUUUUCAAUUAAAAUGGUCAAAAAUAAACAAAAACAGCUUCUUAGCAAAGAGCAAUUUCUCAAGCAAGAAUUUUGCUAAGACUGUCUGGGAGUGGUCUGAGUGGGGUGGGGAAAACUGAAUACUAGCUGUUAUUGGCAUAGUGGUUUGGAACUCUCUUUCUUUUUGGUCUAUUAACUAAUUUACCACCUGGUGAUGUCACCAGGCAGGCCAAAACUCCAUCCCACCAAAACAGGGUGAAAUUUCAGCCGAUAUUUUCAAAACAGCUCUUACACUAAAAUGGCAUUAUCAUAAUUUUCACCAUUUCACAGUAUUUUUCCAACCUCAUAGUGUGGAAAUAUAUAUAAAACACAGGAAAAUCACGUUGUUGACUGCACUGGGCCUUUAAGCCUCUAGGAUCCAAUAGAUGAUGUUCAUGUUGACUAUAACAUAUGAAAGUGUUUACUAACAGCUUACUAAUAGGGCAGCUUCCAUAACGUAAGAUACGGAACGCCUUUUUGGUGUUACAGAAUCUCCCUCUGACUCCAUCUCUCUGACUCUGAAGUGAUGUAUAAUCAUAUAGUGAUAAAGCUCUGGGGUGACUUAGAGCUUGAUGUUGACAUUGUCUCUAUAGGUCGGACGUUUCUUUGGGGAAGUGGACGGAUCUGUGAUGACAGCGUUGAUCAAGUCAGGCAUGUUCAAGAAGUAAGAGAAGCUACAUUAUGUUGUACAUAUUAUACCAUUGAUUGAACCUAUUGUGCAAGGUUAUGUAACCCCUAACUACCUAAUUGUUGUGUGUUUGUCCAACAGGGUGUCACUGUACGACUACCAGGGGAUGUGUAGAUCAGGACACAGUCAUUCCAGUAAUGCUCGCCCUCUGCUCAGUGUAAGUCAUGCCAGAUAAGUGUCACGAUCGUCAUGAAAAGUGGACCAAGGCGCAGCGUGAUAUGCGUACAUCUCUUUUAAUGAGAACUUAAACAAUGAUUACAAAACGAAACGUGACGUCCUCGGUCAUACACAAACCUACACGGAACAAGAUCCCACAAAACACAAGUGCACAACAGGCUGCCUAAGUAUGGGUCCCAAUCAGAGACAACAAGCAACAGCUGAUUCUCGUUGCCUCUGAUUGAGAACCACCCCGGACAACCUAGAAAACACAUGAACUAGACACUGAACAUAGAACACAAAACAUAGACCCUACACACCCUGGCUCAACAUAUAAGUGUCCCCAGAGCCAGGGCGUGACAAUAAGCAUGUUUUUCAAUUGCUUUAUCAAUUGCUCAACCAUGAAGAAGGCACUACAAGUUUAAACGUUGGUUACGUUUACCCAUUCAAUUGUUGGGAACAUAUAUACAGUAUGCAACUUUAUUUAUUUAUCUUUAAUCAAUUGCUCAAUGGCAAUAAUAUAUAGUUAUAAAGAUUAACAGAUAAUCAGCAAAUCAUGAACCAUUUAUUAAUGGCUUAUGAUGCAAGUUAUUAUAAAAUGUUACCUGCUGAUUGAAUAAUAUGGUAACUUAGCAGAUGCUCUCUUCUUGCUCUCUUUCACCUGAGUUACCUGUUGUUUUCUUCUCUUUCAACUCUCUCUCUCUCUGUAUCUCCAUCUCUCCUUCCUAUAGCCUUUUUACGGCCUUGCGACAGUGAUCAAAUGGUUCUUCUCUCACAUGUUGAUGUAAGUAUGAGAUGCACUUCUUGGGCUGAGUUUGGGAAAAAUUAAUUGUUUUUUUAAACCGUCUUUUCUCUCCAACAACUCUACUUCUGUACAGGUUCUUACUGGAGUUCAACUUCUGUGGGUUGUGGCACUCGGAUUACGUUGUAGACGGUAAAUUACGCUCUUAAUACUUUGUGACAAAGGCCAUUGCAAAGAGGAUAUUUGGAUCCAUACCUGAGAAGGGAGAGUCACUUUCAACAUAAUACAUGUUUGUGCUUUCAUAUUCCCUUGAUGAAUCAUCCUGCAGUUUUCAUACCGUGUCUAAAUGUCUCUGUCUCAUUCACAUGUCAUUGUCUCUCAUCCAAAUGCUGUCUCCCAUCCAUUUUCUCACCCAUGGUCACUCCCAUUGCCAUGUUCAUUUGUCUGUGGUCCAUUGUGAAUGGUGCACCAUCCAUCUCCUCUCCACUGUGAUUCCCAACACACAGCCAAGGCUGGCUACCAUACAUGUGAGUAGAGAUCCACAGCUCUGGGAUGGGUGCCUGUAGAUGUGGGCGGGUAUAAGUACUGUGUGUGAGUGUAUGAGUGUGAGUGAGUGAGUGAGUGAGUGAGUGAGUGAGUGAGUGAGUGAGUGAGUGAGUGAGUGAGUGAGUGAGUGAGUGAGUGAGUGAGUGAGUGAGUGAGUGAGUGUGUGUGUGUGUAAGUAUGCACUUCUUUGAAACAAACAAACAUUACAUUAAUGUUUACUUUAUCCUCAUUAGCCCAUAAAGCCAAGAAGGUUGACGCGCUGCAGCCGUGUGACACAGAGUAUCCUGGCUUCAUGUACGAUUCCUCCAUCAGAGAGACCAACAGCCUCAUCAAAUGUGGCCGAUGUCAGAAGUAAGAACAUUCAUCAGACAAUCAACUCCACUGUGGUGGCGCCAUCUUAUGGCCAUGAUACCAACCUGCAAUUAUCUGAACUGCCAGAAUAUCAGUGCUAAAGAGCCCUACAUUUCACUACAUUAGAGUUUCUCAGCGUGUCCCCAAUGUUAUAUUAACUGAGUAUUUUUUUAUUCCAGAAUGUAACUGAAUCUUGUUUAACUGAACUUGUGUUCCAGAAUGUAAUGUUAACGGAAUGUGCUGUGUUCCAGGAUGUUUGUGGUGCAGGCGGUCCCUGAAAGUAACCUGGUGUUGAUGGUGGUCCAGGCGGACUGUGACUGCUCCCGCCAGUACUCCUCCAUCACCCUGGAGCCCAAGGAGGUCAAAUACAAUGCAUCAGUCAAGUGUAACAGGAUGAAAUCUCAGAAAGUCCGCCGGCGCCCAAACUCCUGUCACGCCUAUCAUCCUAAGGUCAGCCCUCUUCCUCCUCAUUGUAUAAUGGUGUAAUAUUGAGUUAAUUCCUGUCAUUGGCUACAGGCUUAGCAUAGCAGGCAUGUUGAAAUUCAAAUAGAGAAGUGUUUGUUACAUUUAAAUGGAAUGUGAUUCACAGAGAUGAAUAGUCAAAGUAGAUUGUUGUGUCAAUCAAUAUAAAGCAGUACACUCAAAGGUUAUUGAGGGGUUCUUUGUCAGGGGUAAGAGUGAUAUGUGUAAGCAUUGAUUUGCCUAUCAGGAAAGGUUCUUUACUGUUGUGAUGGUUGUGAAGAACCAUCCUGUUCUUACACUGUUAAAAAGUUCCUGUAAUGUUACGGUACACUACAGGCUACUGGUUGCAGUGAACGUACGGUAAACAACAACAAGUUUCUGAAUUUGUGUUUGUACCAAACGUCAGUGGAAGUGUUGUACCAGUUUAAGUGGUUGAUGGUUGUGUUGUUAAAGUUUGAGCACCUCUUUUAAUACUGUCAGUUCUGCAAUCUUUGUAAGAGAAUGUGACAAUAAAGAGCUGCACUGUUAAGAAGUUACUGUGCAUUUUCACAGUAGCUUAAUGGCAGUUAGUUGCCUGGAAGUUGCUGUACAUUUUGCAGUCCCUAACUGGCAACCAGCUGUCAGUAAGUUAAUGUAAAAUUCACACUAACUUUUCUGAUUACAAGAUAUAGCUUAACAUUAGUUGACAACUACUAAGCAUUAUUUGUGAUGAGCACAUUUGGGACUCAGCCUCACCGGCCUUGGUUGACAGAAAAUUGACCUUGCUGCUACACCAUCAGGUCAGUGAGCGUGACAGAGAUCAGCCACAGUAAGUAACUGUGAAUUUUACAAUAACUACUUGCAGCAAGUUGACCGUAUAUUAUUGAAAAAUAAACAUGAACUUCCUGUUGACAAACUGCCAUUAACUUACUGCAAAAUGCACAGUAACCUCUUAACAGUGCAGCUCUUGAUUGUCAAAAGCUCUUACAAAGAUUGUAGAUCAUGUGGUCCUCUGUAGCUCAGCUGGUAGAGCACGGCGCUUGUAACGCCAAGGUAGUGGGUUCGAUCCCCGGGACCACACAUACACAAAAAAUUUAUGCACGCAUGACUGUAAGUCGCUUUGGAUAAAAGCGUCUGCUAAAUGGCAUAUUAUUAUUAUUAUAGAACUGGGAGUGGACAAAUGAGGUGAUCGACCUUCAUCAACGCAAGAUGAAAUCACUUAAAGGAGCAAUGCAGUCAAAAACAUAAUUUCCCUGUGUUUUAUAUCUAUUUCCACACUAUGAGGUUGAAAUAAUACUGUAAAAUUAUGAAAAUGCACUUUAAGUGUAAGAGCUGUUUGAAAAGACCGCCUGAAAUGUCAGCUUGUUUGGCUGGGUGGGGCUUUUGUUAAUAGGUUUAAGUUAAUAGAUCAAUAGCAAAGAGAGUUUGCCCUCCUCUCUGCCAAAAAUAGCUAGUUUUCAGGUUUCACAUCCCUCCCAUUAGGCCCUUCCAAGUAGGCCCCUCUUUCAGACCACUCACACACAGUCCAAGCAAAAUCCAUGCUUGAGAAAUAGUUUUCUCUUUUUGACCAUUUGAAUUAAAAACACAGUAAGGUACUUAAUUGUUACCCAUAAAUCAUUUGAUAUUGCAAUAAAAACAGCAGCAUUGGACCUUUAAACUGGUACAACACUUCCACUAACGGUUGGCACAAAUACAACAUAUUUUAGACCAUGCCCCCAAAUAUGCUAACGAGCCCCCUCCAGUACAUUGCCCCGACCUACAUUGAAUAUAAACUACCUUUUCUACUUGAUUUUGUGAGUACCUAACAGUGUGUGCCAUAAGCUCAUCUGGAGUAUGCUAUAAGUAUAACUGUAGAACCUGUCAUUGGUUCUACCUGGAACCAGAGGGUUCUUCAUGAGAGGUUUCUAUAUGGAACUCAAAAGGGUUCCCCUACAGGGACAAAUCAAAGGGUUAUACAUGGCACCCAAAAGGAUUCCCCCAUAGGGGCAGAUGACAGAACCAUGGAACCAGAGGGUUCUUCAUGAGAGGGUUCUAUAUGGAACUCAAAAGGGUUCCCCUACAGGGACAAAUCAAAGGGUUAUACAUGGCACCCAAAAGGAUUCCCCCAUAGGGGCAGAUGACAGAACCAUGGAACCAGAGGGUUCUUCAUGAGAGGGUUCUACGUAGAACCAAAAUGGGUUCCCUUACAGGGACAAAACAAAGAACCCACCUAGGGUUCCUUGUGAGAGGGUUCUAAAAAAUCUAAGGGUUCUACAUAGCACCAAAAAAGGUUUCCCCCAUAGGGACAAAUGACAGAGGCCUAGAUUCAAUCAGAUCAAGUGUUAACCGGCAAUAGCAGACACUCGCAUAGCGGAUGUUUUGGCGGUGUCAGAGGUGGAACUGUGUUGGAGCUGUCAAAUCGGUGAGCAGCUGCUCUAGCGAUCAUUGUCACAAAGCCCCACCCGCCCCACUCACGUAAAAAGUUCAGAACAAGAAAGUGUAGGCUAUAUAGAAUUAAUUACGCUCAAAUUGAAAAAUCAUUCAACAAAAUAAUGAGGAUUCUAUCAUCCUAAUCGAAGUAUAGAUUACAUCUCACAUUCCAAUGUUCGAACUUGUAAACAAGGCUGCAUGGGAUUUCUGUUAAUGCGACUCCGUGCAGCCAAUGGCAAUUUUCGCUUCAGGUAUAAUGCCAGGAGCCGCUUGUGGAUUUGACAGCUCUACCGCAGUUCCACCUCUGGCACUGUCAAAACAACCACUAUGCGGAUGUUGGCUAAAACGGAUCUGAUUUUAUCGAGCACAGAAUGUUUGUUGGUUCUUAUCUUAAAACACUCUCUAUCAUACUCACAGACCCGGUGGCAUAGCAGAAAAUGCAGGUUGCUGACAAACUUGAGGUUGUGAGUUCAAAUCCCAAGUGAGGGUGACUCCCAAGCAAUCAGAAUAUAGCAGCAUACUGUCCCUUAUAGCAAUAAUACACUAUAUAUACAAAAAUAUGUGGACACCCCUUCAAAUUAGUGGAUUCGGCUAUUAAAGCCACACCCGUUGCUGACAGGUUUAAAAACUUGAGCACACAGCCAUGCAAUCUCCAUAGACAAACAUUGGCAGUAGAAUGGCCGAACUGAAGAGCUCAGUGACUUUCAACGUGGCACCGUCAUAGGAUGCCACCUUUCCAACAAGUCAGUUCGUCAAACUUCUGCCCUGCUAGAGCUGCCCCUGUCAAUUGUAAGUGCUGUUAUUGUGAAGUGGAAACGUUUAGGAGCAACAACAGCUCAGCCGCGAAGUGGUAGGCCACACAAGCUCACAGAACGGGACCGCCGAGUGUAGUGUACCUUAAUCUAUGUCUAAAAAUACAGUUACUUUUUGUAUAGUUACCGUAUUUUCACUGCAACCAGUAGCCAGGAUUGUUUACAGUGUAAUGAAGAACCCUCUGGUUCUAACUUUGUAAUGAAGAACCAUACACAUGGUUAUACAAAGGGUUAUUCAAAUAACCGAUUUAAAAAGAGUCUCCACAGCCCAAAAAAAUGAUAUGAGGAUUUAUGAAUUAAUUUUGAAAUGUUCUUCUCUUCUUGCUGAUUUUAGGAAGAUGCGAAAGACUGUGGAGGAGCUUCAGAGAUCAGCCUAUCGGUGGCCCUCUUCUUGGCUUCUCUGGCCACUUCAUUGGCCCUCUGCAGAUGGACAUAA